AUGGCUUUGAGUUUUCCUAUAUCCGUGAUUUCUUCAACCAUGGUACGACCCGAAAAAGUAAACAAACCCGGUCGUGCAAAGAUCCAUCUAACUCCUCAUGAUCUUGAGCUUCUUUAUGUUUUCUAUCCUCAAAGAGGUCUCCUCUUCCCCAAACCUGACCCGGACAACCACAUCAUCCCUAGAUUAAAGGCUUCUCUUGUGACCGCGUUAAAGAUAUAUUUCCCUUUGGCUGGUCGUCUCGUCAAAGUAAACAACCACCAAGACAAGACGCUGUCCUUGUACAUCGACUGUGACGGUUCAGGAGCCAAAUUCGUCCAUGCAAAAGCCAAAUCUGUCGCGGUCAAUGAUGUUCUUCAGUCUUAUGGCUCUGUUCCUGAUUUCAUAUCGCAGUUUUUCCCUGCCAACGAUGUUGUUAGCCGCGACGCGCUUGUCUCAGAGCCCUUGCUUGCGAUACAAGUCACCGAGAUGAAAGAUGGGGUAUUCAUUAGUUUUGGUUACAAUCACUUGGUGGCUGAUGGUUCUUCCUUCUGGAGUUUCUUCCACACUUGGUCCAAGAUUUGUCUCAACGGUUCUGUUUCUAAUAUUAAGCCUCUUGUUCUCAAAGAUUGGUUCCUUGACACGAUUGACUACCCGGUACAUAUUCCGGUUUCGGAGAUGGAGACGCAACCACAUUGUGAAAAUUCAACCAAGGAGAGAAUCUUUCACUUCUCAGUAAAGAAAAUUUCAGAUCUCAAAGCCAAAGCUAACUAUGAAAUUGGCACUAUGUUUCCGAAAAUCUCGUCUCUUCAAGCGGUUAUGGCAUAUCUUUGGCUACCAAUCAUCAGCCACAGUGGUCUCAACCGGGAAGAAGUAACACAAUGCAAACUAGCUGCGGAUAUGAGACAAAGGCUAAACCCUUCUCUCAAGAAAGAGUGCUUUGGAAAUGUAAUCGAUGUGCUUGAGGCUCUGGUGACUGUGGGAGAGCUGUUGGAUCAUGGACUAGGCUGGACUGCUUUGCAAAUAAGUCAAACGGUGAGGUCAAAAACGGAUGAGAGUUAUAAGACUUAUGCAAAUAAUUGGACUAGAGAUGUUAUAAUACCAAAACUAGGGGUUAGAAGUAGAUUGGCUGAUCAUUCUUUGAUCGUAGCAAGCUCUCCUCGGUUCGACGUGUACGAUAAUGAUUUCGGCUGGGGAAAACCAAUCGCGGCUCGGGCUGGACCGGGGAAUGGUAUUGGUGGUAUGCUCGUAGUGUUUCCGGGAGUUGAAGAAGGGAGUAUUGAUGUUCAUGCGACCUUAAAUUCUUCUUUAUGGUCUGAUGUACUUAGUGAACCUAUUGACCAAAUGAUAUAA